CUUCUUCUCCUUAGUUGUAAAAGACAACAAUGGAGUUGGGUUUCUUCCUAGAUUUUCUUUAAAUUUUGCCACCCUUACUUCUUUCUUUCAAACCAUCGUUAGUGUUAUUGAAAAAUUUGGGGUUUUCACAUCAAAUACAAGAUCAUUGCUGAUGGAUUGAUGGGCCCCUUUUGGUGUGGGUUUACCAGAUAGAGAGUUGAUUAAAAGUUUUCAAGAAAAGAUCAUGGCUGAAAUGAAGGCUAAACUCAAUUGGCCCGAAGAGGAGGAUGGAGAAUUGGAUUCCGAUUAUGAUUGGGAUUGUUCAAGUGUGUCGGGUCUCAGAAAACUUAUGACAGACGGCUUACAUUCAUGUUUUGGUAACGCUGUAAAGAAAAUUGUUGAAAAUGGGUACCCCGAGCAGGUUGCUGAGUUCGUGGUUUUAAAAUCGGGUCCUUUCUUUGGUUCCAAAGACAUGGUGUCUGUGAUUGUGGAUCGUGCUUUAAAUAGUCUCCGAACCAAGGGCUGUCAUGAUUCAAAGUUUUAUAUAUUUGAAGAAUUACACACCUUGGUGGAGUUCAUGAUAUUGGAGAUGGUAACUAUGCUUCGAGAAGUUAAGCCAUUUCUAUCUGUUCGUGAGGCAUUGUGGACUCUUUUGAUCUGUGAUCUGAAUGUAAUUCAUGCGAGUGAGGCUGAAUUGGAUCCAAUGAAGUUUUUCAUAGAUAGUGUGAAGGCUGCUCAUGAAAUCGAAACCUCAUCUGAUUCAGAGUCUCAAAAUCAAGAAAUUUUAGCCUCGAAUGUCGAGAAACAAGAUAUGGUCGUCAAAUCUUUGAAGAGCAGUCCUAAAAGUUCAAAAUCCGGGAAAAGAAUUGAAGACAAAUGUCCAAGUUGUAGAAAAUGGUGCUCGGGGAAUAGUCACAAAAAAGACGCGGUUCGAGAGAAGAUGUUCCGUUUUGAAAAGCCUUAUAAGGGAAGAAUGUCGAAGAAGGCCCUAAAGGAAAAACUUGCAGCCUGGGGUGAUUUGGUUUCCGACAAGAAACACCCGUCUUGCGAAUCUUCUUCUGGAACCAAGAAAACCCCGACUUUGGCUUUGAAAGAAACCGAAGAAACUGCAAAAGCUACACCAAAGCCUGAACCAGUAGCCCCAGUGGCUGCACCAGAACCGACUAAAACUGUGCAACACUAUUUGGCGAGUAUCCCAUAUGAUGAAUCAAAGGGUGAACAUGUUCCUAGAGAUGUUAAGGAUAAAAUUCUGUUGGCUGCAGUUGAUCAAGUUCUAGCGCUGCAUAAAGAACUUCGAGACUGGGAUGAUUGGGCCAAUUUGAAGGUUAUGCAGGUAGCCAAACGGCUUAGCCAAGAUCGGGCGGAGCUUAAUAAGUUGAGGGCAGAAAAGGAAGAAGCUGAGAAGAUGAUGAAAGAUAAGCAGGUUGCGGAGGAGAAUAACAUGAGAAAGCUAUCGGAAAUGACUACUGCUCUGAAUAACGCCAAUUACCAGAUUGAGAUGGCAAGUUCAGCUGUCGUAAGGCUCAAGUCUGAAAAAAUCAUCCUAAAGAAGGAGAUGGAAGCAGCAAGAAUUCGAAGCUCGAUUGAAGCUAAAAGAUUGGAGGCGGCUUUGCAGAAAGAGCAGGAAGCUUAUAAGAAGUCUCAGUCUUUUGGGACCGAAAAGAGCUUAUUGGAGGAAGAACUUAAAGCACUAAAACAUGAGGUGGUUCCAAUUCAACGGAGCGCAGAGAAAGCUAAAGAUCUUCUUUCACAGACCCAGAUUCGAUUAGCAAAUGAGGAAAAGGAGACUGCUAAAGUUGUUUUGAAAUACGAAUCGUUGAAGAGGGAAAGAGAACUUAUCGAAGAAAUGGCGAAAUCCGAGGAGGAAAUGGUUGUAGAAAAGGCAGAAAAGAAGCUCCAAAAGUUUGAGAACGAAAUGAAGAGAAUCCAAUAUGAGAUAUCUGCAAUGAAGCUAGAGCAAGAAACCAAGAAAAUUGCAGCAAUGCGAACGGGAAUGAACUGGCCGGUUUUUGAAGGGUCUAAAAGCUCAGAAAUCUUGAGAAACAACAAUAAAAAUGGAAAUUUGAGGCAGAAGAAGGACAGGGAAUGUGUGAUGUGUUUAACAGAAGAGAUGACAGUGGUUCUUGUUCCUUGUGGGCAUCAAGUUCUUUGUGCUGAUUGCAAUGUGAUCCAUGAACAGAAUGGAAUGAAGGAUUGCCCUUCUUGCAGGACUCCAAUUCAGAAAAGGAUCAAUGCCCGUUUCGCCAAAUCUUAAAGAAUUCCGUUUCCGAUUUCUGAUUCCUGGUUUCGGAGGUUUGAUGAUUCCGUUUUUCGUGUCGGUUUGUUGUUGUUGUUGUUGGAUUUGGGGGGGCAAAUAGUAUGUUUGAGUUAGUUUUUAUUUUGAAUGCAAAGAAUAAUGGCAGUUAGCAUAUUUGAGAUUAAAGAAACAGAUGGGGUUUAGGGUAUAGUGAAGGUGGUCAAGUAGUGGUCUCUUUGGAUAGUCAACAAUAAAAUGUAA